AGGACCAAAUAUUUAUAGAUCUUAUCUUUUUCUUGCCAUCUUUUUAUUUGUGUUUUGUGUUGUUGACAUCGUUCGUUUUUCUGCACAGUAAAUAGUUCUGUUCCGUAGUUGGUGGAUUCAUUGCGGAUUGCCGCUUCGGAAAUCAUAAAUUUCAGUUCCGUGCGGCACGGCACGGUCUUUGGCUUUUCAUAAUAUUAAUAUUUGAUCAGUUCCACUCAGUUCCAGGGUUUCGUUUCCCACAUUAUAGACAACUAGUUACUAGUCAAGUAGAAUGCGGACCGCAUUGAUGGUUGCAGAAAAGCCGUCCUUGGCCCAGACAAUCGCGGAGAUCCUCUCCAAUGGGAAGCUGAACUCGCGCAAAGCAUUCAACCGCGCCUGCUCCGUGCACGAAUUCACGGGACAGUGGCCGAACAGCGGCGAACCGAUAUUCUUCAAGAUGACGAGCACAUGCGGGCAUGUCAUGGGAGUGGAUUUCCCUGGCCGUUUCAACAACUGGAAUGCCACCGAUCCGGCUGAACUCUUUGAUUGUCCAGUUCAGCAGAUUGAAGCCAAUCCCAGUCUGGCGAUCCCGCGAUUGUUGCAUCAAGAAGCCAAGGGCGCUGAUUUAUUGGUCUUGUGGUUGGAUUGUGAUAAAGAAGGGGAAAACAUUUGCUUUGAAGUGAUCCAAUCGGUCACGGCCGCCAUGAAUAAGCCGACCUCGCGUGAACCAAAUAUUUAUCGAGCGAAAUUCAGCGCUCUGACUAGCAAGGACAUCAAGCACGCUAUGAACAAUUUGGUGUUUCCCAAUAAGAACGAAUCACUAUCCGUUGACGCUCGAAUGGAAUUGGAUCUGCGUAUUGGAUGUGCAUUUACACGCUUUCAGACGAGGCAUUUUAAUGGGAAAUUUGGCGAUCUGAACAGCGCCACGAUAUCGUUCGGACCGUGUCAGACGCCGACGCUGGCGUUUUGCGUGCGACGUCACGACGAAAUCCAGCAAUUCAAGCCCGAGCCAUACUGGUUUCCGGAGCCAGUAUUGGUGACACCUUCGGGGGAGAAGUUCUCGCCGUCCUGGGCAAGGAGCGCGAUGUUCAACCGUCCCGUCGCGGAGAUGAUUUUAAAGAAUCUAAAAGAUCUGAAAACGGCGGAAGUCGUCUCGGUGGCGACCCAGGAGUGUCGGAAACAGCGGCCAAAUGCACUGAAUACCGUUAGUUUACUUCGGGUGGCUAGUGCGGGACUGGGGAUGGCCCCGCAUCAUGCUAUGCAGAUCGCUGAACGGCUGUAUACGCAAGGCUAUAUUAGCUAUCCCCGAACAGAAACUUCCUCCUAUCCAGAAAAUUUCGACCUUAAACAGGUUGCGCAAGAGUUAUCGAAAUGUUCUGCAUUUGCUUCGACAGUGGCUGGUAUUUUUAAAAUCGGCAUUCAAAAGCCGAAAAAAGGCACUGAUGUCGGUGAUCACCCUCCGAUUACACCUGCGAAAGCGGCUACAGAAGCCACACUGGGAGAAGGCUGGAGGUUGUAUGAAUAUAUCUGCUGUCACUUUUUAGCCACCAUUAUGCCGGAUUGUGUCUACACCGAAACGACGGCCACAAUUAUGCUCGGACAGGAAGAAUUCCGAAUUGUUGCUACAAAAUUGAUUGAUCCCGGUUUUACGUCAGUAUUGCCGUGGCAGGCCGUUGGUUCUUCGGCUAUGCUGGAUAUAAAAGAGAAGAUGGUUUUGAAAGUAGAGGAAGUGAAGUUGAUCGAAAGAAAAACCAGUCCGCCGGAUUAUCUGUCUGAAAGCGAAUUAAUUAAAUUGAUGGAAGAACAUGGCAUCGGAACUGACGCCAGUAUACCCGUCCACAUUAACAAUAUAUGCCAAAGAAAUUAUGUUGGCGUCAGCACGACGGGUCGGAAAUUAAUUCCGACUACGCUGGGUAUUAUGCUUGUUCACGGAUAUGAGAAAAUUGAUCCAGAUUUGGUGCUGUCCACAAUGCGUUCCGCCGUGGAGAAGCAGUUAAAUUUAAUCGCGCAGGGUCAGGCGGAUUUCGCUGCCGUCCGAGAUCAUACCCUGAAGAUUUUCAAGGGGAAAUUUCGCUAUUUUAUAGAAAAAAUUAUGUUGAUGGAGGGUUUAUUUCACUCCUCCUUCACAACAUUAAAUGAGUCUGGGAAACCGUUUGGAAGAUGUGGGAAAUGCCAACGUUUUAUGAAACUGAUCACUACAAAACCUCCGCGUUUGUAUUGUAAUUUUUGUAACGAAGCCUUAUCUCUACCGAGCCAGGGAAACAUUGGGCUGCAUCAGGAACUGAAAUGCCCGUUAGACGGUUAUGACCUUAUUUUUUGGACAACGGCAACAAGAGGAACACCCCUCUGUCCAUACUGCUACAAUAAUCCGCCCUUUCCGGAUAUGCCGAAGAAUGCCCCGUGCAACAAGUGCACCCAUCCCAGUUGUCCGCAUUCGAUGACGACCAACGCUGUGCGGACAUGCUACGGAUGUGAUACCGGUAACCUGGUCUUGGAAACCUCGUCAGGACAGAAGCGCCGAUUGUCCUGUAAUCAGUGCACUCUCAAGGUCUACUUGGGAGAUUUGAAGAAAAUCAGAGUGAAACUGGAUCCGUGUCCCAGAUGUCAAAGCCGGACGCUGGUGAUGGAGGACAAGGACGGUGCGGAACGAUCUGGCUGCAUAUUUUGCGAUAAGGAUAUGGCGACUGUGUGUAGAGUGGAUUAUCGAGGGCCGGGAGAAAGAUGGGGAGGAAGAGAUCGUCGGCCGCGUGGAGGUGGCCCGCCAAGAGGAGCCGGUGGGGAGCGCGGUGGAGGACGACGACCACGUCGAGGCCGUGGCUCUAGUCGUGGCAGGGGAAGGGGAGAUUAUUGAUAAGUGUUCCAGCGAUGUACUUUUUAAUAUUGUUGUCUUCCUCGUAACUGUAACCUAAACUUUGGUGCUUGUUGCUAACAACAUGUGCUAUCUGUACAUGAUGAUCGUUUUGUACAACAUUUAAUUACAUAAUUAAUUGAAAUUGCUGGUAAUAAUAGUUAUUACCGUCGUUUUUUUUAUUUUGUUCGAAUUUUCGAUUAUAUCUCUGCCUGCGUACGAAAAUUACACGGGUGACAUGAAAUUAAGUAACUUCAUUGAUAAUCCAUUAAAAUAUUUUGCUUA